CUGAAAAGAUUCUUUGAAAGCCUAAAACCCCCACUUCUUGUAAUAAUCAAUCCUUUUUCGAAUUGUGUUCAUUUGAUAAAACUAAUGGCCGGAAGAGCUGCGACAUCGUCAGCUAAAUGGGCGAGAGAGUUUUUGUUGAAAAGGGUCUCGUCGAAUCCUCUUGGUGGAGCGAUUAGAAACUGUUCUUCUUCAUCCUCUACACCUAAAGUCCCUCACUUUUCCAAGAAAGGAAGGAUAUUGACAGGAGCUACCAUUGGUCUGGCUAUAGCUGGAGGAGCUUAUGUGAGCACUGCAGAUGAAGCAACCUUCUGUGGAUGGCUAUUCUCAGCAACAAAGGUUGUUAACCCUCUCUUUGCUCUUCUUGACGCUGAGUUUGCUCAUAAGCUGGCCGUCACUGCGGCGUCACGCGGUUGGGUGCCUAGAGAGAAGAGACCUGAUCCACAGAUCCUGGGACUUGAAGUUUGGGGAAGGAAGUUUUCAAACCCAAUAGGACUCGCUGCUGGUUUUGACAAAAACGCUGAAGCUACAGAAGGGUUGCUAGGACUUGGGUUUGGAUUCGUUGAGGUUGGCUCUGUGACUCCAGUCCCACAAGAAGGCAACCCCAAACCACGCAUCUUCAGAUUACGUGAAGAUGGAGCUAUUAUCAAUAGGUGUGGAUUCAACAGUGAAGGGAUUGUUGUUGUUGCUAAGCGGUUAGGUGCUCAGCAUGGUAAAAGAAUGUUGGCGGAGACAUCAGGUACAUCGUCAUCUCCAAGCGAUGAAGCUAAACCGGGAGGCAAAUCUGGACCUGGUAUACUUGGAGUCAACCUUGGAAAGAACAAGACUAGUGAAGAUGCAGCUGCUGAUUAUGUCCAAGGAGUUCAUAAUUUAUCCCAGUAUGCUGAUUACUUGGUUAUUAAUGUUUCAUCACCAAACACAGCAGGGCUGAGGAUGCUUCAGGGGAGGAAACAGUUGAAGGAUCUUGUGAAGAAGGUUCAAGCUGCUAGGGAUGAGAUGCAGUGGGGUGACGAUGGUCCUCCUCCUCUUCUUGUGAAGAUUGCUCCUGAUCUGUCCAGAGGAGAGCUUGAAGAUAUUGCAGCUGUUGCUCUUGCUCUCAAGUUGGAUGGGCUGAUCAUAUCGAAUACAACAGUCUCGAGGCCAGAUCCUGUAAGCAACAACCCUGUGGCGACAGAGACAGGUGGGUUGAGUGGGAAACCGCUCUUUAAUCUCUCCACCAACAUGUUAAGAGAGAUGUACACUCUGACGCGAGGUAAGAUUCCACUGAUAGGCUGCGGUGGUGUUAGCAGUGGCGAAGAUGCUUAUAAGAAGAUAAGAGCCGGAGCUACUCUUGUUCAGCUGUACACUGGGUUUGCGUAUGGUGGACCUGCUCUCAUCCCACAAAUAAAGGAAGAACUGGUGAGUUGUUUAGAAAGGGAUGGGUUCAAGUCGAUUCAAGAAGCAAUUGGUGCAGAUCACAGAUGAUGGAUGAAACACGAACAAGAACAAUAUACGGAGAGGAGAGUCCUCUCCUUGCAGCAAAAAAAAAACAUUGAUUCAGUUGGUUUCUUUCUACCUACACAAUAACGUCAUGGCUCUUCUUGUUUUAUGAGGAAAUAACUAAGCAACAUUUCUUUUUCUUUUUUUUCUAAUUGUAACUAGUUUUUAACCUUUUUAUCACUUCUCUUAAUAUUACAGCACAAGUUCUUCUA